GGACAAACCUCCCUUUAAAGAAGAAAAGCACGAGCAAGGACCGUUGCUCGGCAACCAGGCUCCGAAUGAAAACGUGUUUGAGCUAGCCAAAACCUCGGUCUCCAAACGUUUUUUUUUUGUCAACGUUACCUUCUGAACAACAUUCCAGCCAUGCCUCCUCCAGAGACAAUGUAUUGUUCCCAGCAAAUCAACAUUCCAAAAGGACUGCCAGACAUCCUCAAGAACUUCACAAAGGCAGCCAUCCGAACACAGCCCAAAGACCUGCUGGUGUGGUCUGCAGCAUAUUUUGAUGCACUUUCUAAAGGAGAGACUCUGCCUGUCAAGGAGAGACUGGAGCUACAUGUCGACAGCCAGACUAAAGACGCAGCACUGACUCCAGGUCUGCUAAAAACUCUUCACAAACAGCUCUCCUCUGAAGAAACAUGCAGCAGAGAAGAGUUGCAGGAGAAAUGGAAGGCUCUAUGUCUGCCAAAGGAACAGCUGGACAACAUGUUGACCCUGGGGAAUUUUGACACCGACAUCUCCUGGUUGCAAUUUUUCACGCUGGGCUGCAGUGCUUUGGGAGAUACCCUCAAGAGCUCCCUCAAGGUCGCCUGUGAGAUCCUGACCGAGGAUGAGGAAGGGGGUGCCGCGAGAAUCCCCUUUGAGAUAUUUAAGACGCUGUGCACCUACCUGGCUCACCUGGACCCUGAAAUGCAGCAGGAGAACAUCGACAGCUUUUUUACGGACAUGGAGCCACACGUGGAGAAGCAGCAGGGAAUGAUCAAACCUCUUGACUUCAUCCAUCGAGAGGACGCCCUGUGAGUCAUCUGCAUCUAAAGUUGAACAAAAUGUCAUUGUAAUGACUUGUGAGGAGGGUGUGUACAGUAAUACAGUAAUAGGCGGCCAUGCA